AUGAGCGCGGCCCCGGGCACCUCCCGCGCCCCCCAGCCGCUGCUCCGCUUCCCCGAGGGGGCGGGCGGGCCGGGCGGCGGGCGGACGGCGGGGGGAGGUGGCGGCCCGGGGCCGUGCCCCUGCCCCUGCCCGGGGGGGCCGCGGAAGCGGCGGCGGACCACGUUCAGCCGGGGGCAGCUGUCGGAGCUGGAGCGGGCCUUCGCCGCAGUGCCCUACCCAGACAUCGCCACCCGGGAGCGCCUGGCCGAGCUCACCCAGCUGCCCGAGGCCAAGAUUCAGGUCUGGUUCCAGAAUCGCCGCGCCCGCAGGAUCCGCAGCGCCAAACCGGAGCCUCCGCCGCUACCGCCGCUGCCGCCUCCCGGGGAGCGGGGUCCCCCAGCGGCACCCCCCGACGGCAGCACUCCGGGCCCGGCCCCUGCCCUGCCGCCGCCGGGAGCCCGCAGCCCCGCUCGGGGCCUCCCCACCUCGCUGGGCUCCAUCUCCGACCUCAUCUACAGCGCGGCCAUCACCAACCUGGGCGAGCUGUAGCCAUGGUGGGGACCUCCUGGGCACUGGGGACCCCCAUGGCAUCGCGGCCCCCGCGGAUUAGCGCCACGAUUUCAUUAGGGUGUGGAAUUACUGCCGGUCCCGAAGGUCCCGAGGAUGUCAUCCAAUAUCCUAAAUGCCGGUGCGGCUGCAGCGGGGGCAGCUCCCCAUCAGCCCCCUAAUACCGACUAAUCUUUUGGAAAAAAAUACCUUAAUCUGGGGCCGUAUCCACGGAUGAUUGUGGUGCAGCCGCCCCUAAUCCGCAGGCACGUUCGCAGGUGCCGGCAGAUCUCCCCGUAUCGGAUAUUAAACUGUGUUUCCACAGGG